CUUCAAGAAACAAUUAAGAAAGAAAAAGAAAAAAAGAUUUUAAAGAGGUUUUAGUUUUUCAGAGUUACUUAGCUCUAAGAGAUGAAUCAGCUCGCUCUUGCAAGAUCCGGUGGUUACACCGCCGCCGUCAAGUUCCUCCCUGUGCUUUCCGCUGCUCUUCCGAGGGUCCUAUCAUCCCUCGCCGCCGCAUCCACCACCACCUCCGUCCGCAACUUCAGUUCUACCGGAAGUCCUCUCACCACCAGCAACCAACUCAAGAAGCCGUCGUCGCCAUCAAAAUCCCCCGCAUCCAGGUUUCUUCAUCAAUCUACCGGAGCUACUCCGCCGCAGCAGUUUUCCGGCGUUCGCAACUUCUCCUCUCCCAGCAGUUCUUUCGACGGCUACCACAUUGAUCCGCCGACUAACUGGGGGAUCAGAAUCGUUCCGGAGAGGAAAGCUUGUGUGAUUGAGCGGUUUGGUAAAUACGUCAAGACUUUGCCGUCGGGGAUUCACUUCCUUGUUCCGCUUGUGGAUCGUAUUGCUUAUGUUCAUUCUCUGAAGGAGGAAGCGAUUCCUAUUGGUAACCAGACUGCGAUUACAAAGGAUAACGUUAGCAUCCACAUCGAUGGUGUUCUAUACGUUAAGAUUGUGGAUCCUAAGCUGGCCUCUUACGGUGUUGAGAAUCCAAUCUAUGCUGUUGUCCAGUUGGCUCAGACUACAAUGCGUAGUGAGCUUGGUAAAAUUACUCUUGACAAGACUUUUGAGGAACGGGACACUCUCAAUGAGAAGAUUGUGGAAGCCAUCAAUGUUGCUGCAAAAGACUGGGGUCUUCAGUGCCUUCGUUAUGAGAUCAGGGAUAUCAUGCCUCCUAAUGGAGUGAGAGUUGCUAUGGAAAUGCAAGCUGAAGCUGAACGUAGAAAGAGAGCCCAGAUUCUCGAGUCUGAAGGAGAACGUCAAGCCCAUAUCAACAGAGCUGAUGGUAAGAAAAGUUCUGUAAUCUUGGAAUCAGAAGCUGCACAGAUGGACCAAGUCAAUCGAGCUCAAGGUGAGGCCCAAGCAAUAUUAGCUAAAGCAAAAGCAACUGCCGAAGGACUGGCCAUGGUAUCUCAAUCCCUCAAGGCAACUGGUGGAAUGGAGGCUGCGGGUUUGAGAGUUGCAGAGCAGUAUAUGCAUGCUUUUGGCAACAUUGCUAAAGAGGGUACAACAUUGCUGCUACCGAGUUCUGCUGAUAAUCCUGCUAGCAUGAUCGCUCAAGCUAUGAGUAUGUACAAAGGCCUUGUCAACAAAGGUGCCAACAGCGGCUUAACAGAAUGCUCUGUUGUUGAAAAACUUGACUAGAAGCUAUGUUAGCUGAACCUUAGGGAAUAAUAAUUCUUUUGACUUGUGAAGGCUUUUGUAGCCAUUAUCAGCUUUUUCUUUUCAUAAACCAUUUUGCAAAACUAGAAAACAUAUAUAAAAUCAAAUUUGUGAAAGAGAUUUUGCACCAUAUUUGGUCUUUAA